GAACAGCAAGUGCAUGUUGUUUAUGGUUAUUCAAUAAUUCUUUCGUUUUUCGUGAGAUUGCAAACAUCCUACAAAAUGCUAUCAGUGACCAGUGUUGGUUUUAUUCGAUGGUCAACGUCCCCUCUUCUCAUCGGCGGUGGCAGGUUACUUCAUACGACAUCGAUGGAUCUGGCCGCCCGUAAGGGUACACGAGAGAAGGCACGCAAGGCAAAAGUGAAAAAGGUCGUAGAAAAGGUGGGAUUCAUCCGACAUGAUCUAAGGAAAAAGGGAAAGCUAAAUCUGAACGUAGCUAACAAACACAUCGACGAUAGCUGGAAGCAGGAAUCAAAGGAUGAUUGUUGGGUAAGCAAGUACUACAAGUGGCGUGUGUAUUCGGUCGAGGAAGCGGUACAUUGCCAUCGAGAAACGCACCAUCCGACGGUGUAUAACCUACCGAACGCCCCGCUGUUCGCCCAUGUGGAACUGAACAUGCAGGCGGAAAAGGCAACGCGGUUCGUUGACAACUUUCAGCGGAUGGUGGCCGUACCGCAUCGUUUCGAGCACGGUGAGAACCGCAACAUUAUCGUUUUCGCUAAGGGACAAGAUCCGCUGAAGGAAGCCAAAGAUGCAGGCGCUUCACUGGUCGGUGGGAUGGAGCUGAUAAAAGAAAUCCAAAAUGGAGAUCUGCAGCUCUCGGAGUAUCCGUUCGUGCUGGCACAUCCAAAUAUACUGCCCGAGCUCGUGGUCAUCCGUGGGUUGCUGAAGAAGAACAAAUUUCCCAAUCCACGUUCCGGCACGCUGGGUGUGAAUUUGGCGGAGAUGAUAGAAAAGUAUGCCCACGGCAUUAACUAUGCCGCCGCCAAGGACGAGCAGCAGAAAGAUUUCGGGUCGAUUGUCGCCUGCAUCGGCACGCUACAAAUGGAAACGAAACACCUGGAAAGCAAUCUAGCAGCGCUGCUGCAGGACGUAAACACGAUGCGGCCAAAGCGCGAGGGAAAGUUCGUAACGCGGGUGCUGCUAAAGAGUCCACCGUCGGGCGAGAAUUUAAAAAUCGAUCCGUUCAUUUACAUCCCGGAGGAGGGCACGUUGGGCAAAAAAUCGUCGAAGGCCAACCAGUCGGAUGCGGGCAUUGAGGAAGACGAUGAGCAGGAGGAAGAACCAAAAGCUGCGGCGGCUGUAGGUGGUGCAUCGUGAUCGGACGUAGGGUUUUAGCUGGCAGUAUCCAACACUGUUGUAAAAUCGUUUAGAGAUUAAUAAAGAUGAAAAUCACA